CUCAGAUUUCUCUUCAGCUCUACUGUGGUCUUCUUCUGCCUCUUCGCUCGUGUAGGUGUGCCUAGCGCCUCGAGCUCCCUCUUGCCAACAGCCUUCUUCGCAGAGCUUGCCGGCGUCGCUGCCAUACCAGGCGUCUCGGUCCCGCGCCGUGUGGUGACCAUUGUGACGGUGUCUGUGGGUGCUGGGUCGCUUGUAGGGACUUCAGGAACUUCCUUUCUUGUCCAGCUUGAGGUUCCUUGGUACGAAGGGGUCCGACUAAUGGCUCUCUUUGCAGCACCAAAAAGCUGCGCAAACAUUAUAUUUGAGCGGGCGGACCCAGAAAAAGUCUAAGUAGCGCCGCUGCAAGAAAGCGGGCCUCCUCGGAGAAGCCAAGAUUUCGGUUUAGCGUGGGUUACUAAGCAGCCGAGCUCCACGAUGCUCAUUCCAUCUUGAACUGCAUCAAUUUGAACUCGAUUCAAUGUCUUCAUCUCGCCUGCUAGCUCGCUCUGCGAGCUCAAUAACGCGGACAGAUGUGUGUGCGUUCUGCCACGUGCGGCAGCUGUUGCCAAUUGGCCGCAAUAGCGCUUUCCGUCCACCUACAGAAGCAGCACAGCCCAGCGUGUUCAGGCGGACCUAUGCACAAAAGCUGGAUGUAAAGAGGUUACGCGCCGAUGUUGAUAAGAAAGCUCGACUCGGCUGGUACAAGCUCACCAAGGGGCAGAAGAUCCUGCUUCUUGAGCCAGACGUAGCAGAAGCUAUCUACAACGACUUCGCGGCACACAAGGACAGGAAGGAGUAUGGAAAACUCAUCAAACAAUUGAUAACGAAGUACAAUGUCACAUCUGAACAUAUCUCCGGGCUGGCCUUGAUGACUUACUCAAUACCGGAUCUAUCUGACCCCACAAAACGAGCAAUGCUCCCACCAAGCCCACACAAGAUCAACGCUGGCCUCAUUCUCCAAGGAUGCGCAGAAAUCGAAGACCCCCUCGCCAUCAAACACAUCAUGACCGCCAUCUACCUGAACACCUACACCACAGCGCCUGGGGCCCGAGACAUCGCUCUCCUAUUCCCCAAGUCAGAGAUCCUCAAGUACCGGAAGUCACUCGAAGCACUGAAAAUCGAUGGUAAAGACGAUCCCGAGGCCCUAACUCUGCACGGUCUCUUCCUAGAAAAAGAGAACCAACCAGCAAAAGCGCGCCUCCUCUAUGAAAAAGCUUUACAAAUGCCGUGGGUCUAUCAAUACAACAUCCAAGCCCGCCACCCAGCUCAGCUCCCCAUCAUCGCACCCUGGAACGCUCUCGGUUACCUCCUGAAAGAUUCCAAAGACCCGGCAACACGCGAGAAAGCGAAAUGGGCUUUUGAGCAAGGCGCGCACAAGGGCGACGAUCCGCUGUCUUACUACGAACUUUCGGCCUUCAAUGAUCGAAGCAGCGUAGAGUGGCUGAAAUGCACAAGCAAAGCCGCCGCCUCAGGCCACCGCGAAGCCAUGUUCUCACUUGCGCAGUUCUACCGGGUCCUCAGUGCCACCGAUUCUCCGCUCCUACAAUCCGACACGUCGGGAAAGUUGAAGUCAGCUCUGGACUGGUUGCUGGGCUGGCGACAAGGUAGCUCGACAAGGCUUGCGAUUGAGUGGUAUGAGGCUGCUGGGAAUGCGGGGCAUAAGGCUGCGCUGUUGCAGUUGGCGGAUUGGUAUGAGGUUAGUGAUGGGAAAGAGAAGGCGAGGGAAGUGUUGCAGAGGAUUGUUGAGCCAGGUGAGGGGAGAGAGGAGGAGUUUCCGGAGAUCGUGCAUAAAGCGAAGGGGAGGCUUAGUGGGAUUAGGACUGUGUAGAUGACGGGAGACGGAGUCUGUACAAUUUUGACUGUAGCAUAACACGAGAUACCCUUUUCGAACCACGGGCGAUUCUUGGUGCGCACGAAUGAUUCACUGUUGU